GGGCGGGGAAGGAUAAACCCUGGGGGUGUGUCCCUUUGGUUUUAGAUAAUCUAAUCCCUUUGAGACUCCAAGCAAACUUGUUUUUUCAGCAAAAUAUUGUCUCAGGACGCCACUUCAAGCUGCAAAAGGUGGAGAGGAGCCUUGUCUCUGUGUUGGCAGCAGCUGCGGUGAGAAGAGGAGCCAAACUGGAAAUCUAAGAUGGAGAAGAAUUUGGCAAGAAGCAAGAUGCUCCUCUCAGUGUUGUUGGCUGCUAUUUCCUAUACCACAUUUGCCGAAGCUUUGCAGUGUUACUCAUGUAAGGAGCUGACCACAGCUUCGCAAUGUAUGACCAUUGUCAACUGCUCGGCGGAAGAUACGAUGUGCAAAACCACAAUGUACUCCCUUGAGGAUGUUCCUCCAUUCCUGGGCGAUUCCACCGUCACCCGGGCUUGUUCUACAGUAUGCGAACCAUCCGAUGUGGAUGGCAUUGGCACAACGCGCCCUGUGAGUUGCUGCUUCACCGACCUCUGCAAUUAUGAUGGCGCGACCAGCAUUCAAAUGAGUUACAUCCUGUUGGGAACCUCCAUAGCAUCCUUCUUCAUCCUACUUGGGUACCAAUUGUGAGGCAGAAGGCCAAGGAUGCAGAUAUCGAAGUUUCCAAUACCAUUUUGUCAAGUUAUUUCAACUCGCACUCUCUAUUCCCUCCUAGAAAGUCACGUCUCUGCCUGCCAUUUCCUAAAGUUUUGGACUUUUGUUUUGAUCACCAGGGAAACAAACUGGUGCAAAGCUGCCCCUCCCGCUAAGAAGAACAAGGUGGCUGCCUCAGGAUUCAAAGUGGGGCAAACUGUGUGUAGUAGCCUUAAUUUUAUUUUCGCUACCCAUGAUGGGAAGAAACGGUUGCAGGACUUUGUGCUUUGGGUGUCAACAUAGCAUAUCUGGCUUUGAUACUGGGCAUCUUUAUUUGGGAGGAGGUGCCUCAGGUGGGAUUAUACCUUGGGUCAACAAUGCCUGAAAGAGUGCAGGAGUUAUUUAGAAUAAUACAAACACAGAGUUGGAAGGGACACCCAAGGAAUAUCUAGUCCAACCUCAUUCUGCCAGGCAAGAAGACACAAUCACUACUUGCUCUGAAAAAAAAAUACAACUUUGCUUUCUCCAAUCAGAAAUGGCAACAUGAUAUUAUUUUGAGAUGACACUACAGCAGUGGUAGCACUGUCAAUAGGUUUGAGUCCACUCUGGGUUUUAGUCCAGAUUCUACAAGAUGCAUCCUUAUGUAGGUUCAGCAAAACAAGUUGCAUAUCUUGGAUUGCUGAACCAACCAUAGGUUCAAGCCAAGGAGGUUCCAUACCUUAGGUAACUCCUUAAAAUUUGGACUAAAAGCCAGAGCGGAUGUGCUGUCCACCUGACAUUAGACAUACCAGCUACCAAUGAGGGACAAUGUUCGUUGCUUCACUUGCACGCUGCAUUUCACACCUGAUUUUGAAGAUUUAUGCAUAUUUUGGAAUUUGCUUGCCUAUGAGCUGCAUUAACCAUGGCCAAGGUAGAAGAUAAUAUUGUCAGUCUACAUGUCAUAGGGAUGAAGGAUUAAUAA